UUUCUACAGGUACAUAAUUUUUUUUCCUCACAUGUACAAAAUAUUUCUACAGGUACGAAAUGUCUUUGCACUUUCAGAACUCCUUUUGCACAGCUGCAAAACUUUAUUACACAUGUGAACAUCUUUACACAACCUCUCAAUAUUAAUGACCCUAUUUUGACUCCAUACAUUUUAAGCUAAGCUAAAUAUGUCCUUCCUUCACACAAAGCAUCGUAUUACAUAGGAGAAGGUAAUACAUUGGCGCUUGAGCUCUGCUCGCAUUGUGGGUGAUACAGAUAGAGUUUGUUGUUGUUUUUUUUGGAAAGUCAUAAUGGUUAAUUCUUGUGUUUGUGCUGGUUGCACUAAUUCCAGCCUGUCAGGACAUCGCGUCCACUAUUUUCCUAACGAGAAAAGCAAUCGUUUUCGUGCUUGGGUGCGUUUUGUACAAGUAAAGAGAGGGGACUUCACCGCCUCAUCUGUCACAAAAAACACUGUUAUAUGUGCCACUCAUUUCACACCGGAGAAUUAUCAGCCUGGAGAUAUGAUGGAGUUUCGAAUGGGAUAUCGAAGUCAGAACCGGGUGAGGCUGAUACAUGAUGCUGUUCCCUCGGUGCACUCAAUGGAUUCAAGUCCACCACCAUCAGAGUUUCCGCCUGAAUCUGGCACGUUUGGGAUUGGAGGAGCUAGCGCUAGCAGAAAUUGUGUGCACCGAAAACGCGAGCUUCACAGAAUUUUGGGAGAGGGUGCAGCCAGUAAUGAAGGGACAGAUGCACCUAGCACUGUAGAGUUUGAAGACACAGAGGACUUCUCUACACUGCGUCCUCAACCAUUAGUGCUUCAUCAUGGAUCUCAGCGCAACAUCAAAUGUCUACAACGUUCAUCAGAAAUAAAGUCUGAAAUGACAGAAGUUACUGAACCUGCAAAACUGGCCAUGUCUACCACUGUAAAGGAGGAAGAGGAGGAAUAUGACAGUUUCAUACAAGAGUAUUUCAGAAUCCGGACUGUGGGGGAACAACCUGGACUCAAGCAGGAAUAUGAGACUGAAGUGUACACAUCAACAACAUUGACUUGGAAAGACACAAAGUAUUCACCCACCCACAUUAAAGAGGAGGACAAAUCUGAUCUAAAGGAAUAUGGCCUUGAUGACAUGUAAGUAAUUAUGACCGCUGCUAGCGAAGCGGUCAUAUAAUGAUUGUCAAUCAUAUAAUGAUUGAAUGAAUGAAGUC